UCCUCCUCGACCGUGCGGCUUCAUUAUAAGUCCGCCUGCAGCUAGCUAGCAAGCAGCAAGGAGACAUAUAUAUCUCGUUUCUCUCUUCGCAGUAAGGAUUCCCCAAGCUAGUGCUCCUCUCAAGUUAAUACACAACUUGUGGCUCCCUCACAUUUCUUAAAUCAUCAGAAAUGGCCACACCAAGCCUCGUACUACCAAAGGAACUACCAUAUGAAUUUUUGAAGAAAAUCACGGAUGACUUCUCCGAUGACCGCAAAAUUAGUGAUAGUCCAUUUGGAAUACUUUAUAAGGGAAUUAAUCCAGAUGAUGGCAAAGUGAUUGCUGUGAAGAAACUUCAGGAAAACGCACCGAUGCCACCUAACAAAGCAUUUGCGCAAGAGGUUCAGAAUGUUAUGGCGCUCAAACAUGAUAACAUAGUACAGUUGGUUGGAUUCUGCAGUGAAACAACAAAGAGAUUGGUGCAGUUUGAUAAAAGAUAUAUCCAGGCAGACAUUACCGAAAGUUUAAUCUGUUAUGAAUAUUUACCCAAUGGGAGCCUUCAAAAGAAUCUUUUUGGAACCAAAGGUGACAAGGUUGUCUCUUCGGUCAAACCUGAUAUUGAUUGGGACACACGCUUCACAAUAAUCAAGGGGAUCUGCCAUGGUUUACGUUUUCUACACAAGUUGGAUAUUCCCAUCAUACAUAUGGAUUUGAAGCCUGAAAAUAUACUUUUGGAUGCAAAUAUGGUGCCAAAGAUCGCAGACUUUGCACUUUCUCGGGUCUUUGGCCAAGAACAAACACGAUUGUGCACACAAACAGUUGUGGGAUCAUAUGGGUACAUGGCUCCAGAAUAUUUAUAUAGAGGUGAAAUCUCGGCCCAGUCAGACAUAUAUAGUUUAGGAUUGGUGAUAAUCGAGAUCACCACGGGAGAGCAGAAUUGCCCUGAAAAAGACCAACCAUCUGCAAGAAAUUUUAUUGAUAAAGUACGUGAAAAGUGGACAAAGGAGGAGCACAUAGCAUCCAAGUACCCAUCGUUAGAGUAUGGUUGCCUCCAGCAAGUAUUAGCAUGCAUCAAUAUUGGGCUGAAAUGUGUUGCGAUUGAUCGGAAACUCAGGCCUUCGAUUGUCGACAUUGUUGACAUGCUCAAUGGACUAGGUUCAAGAUGAAUGCAAACAUGGUCUCCCGUGCUUCCCCCGCGAGAGGAAACUUUUGGGUCCUUUUAAGCUACUGCACGAAGAAAUAAAAUAAGCUCCAUUAUUGCAAGAGGACCGUCACCUUAAUGUGGAGACAUUUAAAUUUUAUUACUUUCCAAAUAUUAUAUCGUUUUCUAUCAUGCAAACAAUUAUGUUGUUGGCUCUGAUAAUGUGUGUUGGAAAUAAGAAUUUGUUUUCCAA